CGCGCGCGAAACGUUCUAUGGCGGGAAAAUUUCGCCUCUUCACCCCGCCGUCCGCCGCCGCUUUCUCGACUCUUCCUUCCUCCAUGGCUCCAUGCCAUCUCUUUAUAACUCUAUUUUCUCUCCUCGCCUCGUUUUUCCUCUUCUCCUACUCCGAAGUUUGAUCUUCGAUUCCAAAUCGAUCCCCAGUUCGGGGCGCUGCUAACGAGCCCGGAUUCCGCCAAGAAGAGCUCGAGAUGGACACGGAAGGGCUCUCCAUCAUCUGCGCUGGGAUCGGGUGCCCCGAGGAGAACGAGAAUGGCGCCCUAGUCGGUUACACAAAAGGCGAAUACUGUUUAGAUAGUUUGAAGGAUUUGCAGCGAUUCUUGAGGCGUGAUAAUCCGCAGCGGCGAGACGUAUUCAAACAGAUAUGCAAGUGGAAUAUAGUGUCUCGUGAUCUGGUCCCUCUAAUUGAACAUUACCAGAGCGAUCGGAAUUUGUUAAUCAGUGCUGUCAAGAUUUUGGUAUUUAUGACAAUGCCAGUAGACCAUUCUUCAGAUAAUGUUGCGCAGCAGAUAGAGUAUCUGUGGGAUCUGAAAGCUUCAUUGACACGUUCUAUCACCAUUGCAGUCAUCGUGUCUCUUCUUGAAGAUCCAUUGGACCACCUAGAGCACAACACAUUUGCUGAAGAUGACUGGAAGUUGGUUCAGCUGGUGCUUACAUUGUUCCGAAAUAUCCUUGCCAUCCAUGAUAUCACACAGCAACAAAAGUCGGCUGGAUUAGCUACUCAGUGUUUCUGUCUGGCUGAUAGAUUGUUGGAGCUCAUGUUCGAAGAGAAUGUUAUGGACUUGAUUAUAGUACUAACUCAGCAUGUUGAUGACUCUUCUGGUUAUUUUCAGCAAGACAAUCUUCUUUUGUUGGAAAUUUUCAACUGCAUUUUUCUGGGACAGGACCCAGAGCUCAUAGCUAGAGUUUCUAAACAGGCCGAUAAGGUAAAUGAGGAUAUUUCAACUACUAUAGAUUCUCUCAGAUAUAUUAUGGAAGAAGAAAAGGAGAAGAGAAGAACCAUCCAUCUAAGGAAAGUUGAACGCCAUUCACAGUUCAGUGGAACAUUUACUCUGCUUGGUGUGGAUGGCUCUAAAACUGUACUCAAACGGCACCCAACCUCUGUCUCAGGAAAUGGCGUGAUAAAAAUUCACAAUGUUCAACGGGGUCCAUUGAAGAGGAUUGCUUGGGACCAUGACAAUUUGCAUCCUGGAAAGAAAAAUAUUCUGGAACUAUUAAAUGAAUUCUUGAGCCAGUUUUUGUCAGGAGGCUAUAAUGUUUUGAUGCAAUCCAUUUAUGCCGAUAUUACAAAGGAGUCACUGUCUAUUCAAAAAGCUGAGAUUAUGAUGUUUUUUCGAGUCACUAAAUUUGUUUUGGCAUUUCAGCACCAAAAGAUCCUAAUAUCAAAGGAAUCUAAUAUGGAGGAACCCCAUUCUGAUCUUUCAUGUGACAAUUUGUGUGGUGAUAAAACAACAUUCCAUGGGGAGGUUUGCGAACCAGUUGCAGCAACAAUGAAUGAAGCUAUGCUCAAUUUUGUCAUAUCCAAAUGGCUUGAGACUUUUGAUGGCUUAAAGCAAACCAAUGAUUACAAAUCCUUGUCAACUAUUGGCUCCCUGUUUAAGAGUAUGAUUCGCAUGCUAGAUUUGGUGCUAAAAGUAUCGUUUGAAGGUUCAAAAGAAACACAAGUCACUCGUGUUCUGUUAUAUAAGGUGUUUUAUGAUCAGACGGAUGAAGGGUUGACUCAUUUUCUGUUGAACAUGUUCAAAUCCUUCAACUCACAUAAGCAACCCAAAAGUGAUCUUGCAGAUCUGUUGGAAGUGAUACAUGUAAUGUUCCGACUUAUGGAAAAACUUCAAGACCGUGGUGCACUGAGGGUUGCUAGAAAAUCAAGGAAAGGCAGAAGGAAGGAGAAACCAAAAGGCGGAAAUAAUGAGGCUGCUAGUGUUAGUGAGCACAUAAAUGUGAAAACUGAUGUUGAUCAAGCUGAUGAAACUGGAGGACAUAGUUCUGAAACACUUGUAGAACCUAAUUCCUUAAUAAACAAGCAAUCAACCAAGUUCAGUGAUAUUGAUCAAGACAUUGACCAAGAAGUUAUGCCACCCUCUGAUCAAGCUGCAGAUGUUGCCAUAAACAAGAGAAACAUUGGAGAUGGCAUGGUUCCUUUAGUUGGUGAGAUUGAAAAUGCUGAUGUUAUUGAGCUUGCCCAUGAACCAGUAGAUUCUUCUAGUGAUGAUCAGUUGCCUGACACCAAUGAAGUUGACUUUAAUAUAACCAAAUUAGUUGCUACUUUUGUGAACAACUGUGUUAUUAGCAAUUUAUGUUGGUUGCUGAAGUACUAUAAAAGUAACUCUGCUGGUACAAAUCACUACAUCAUAUGCAUGCUACGGCGAAUAUGUGAUGAUUUAGACAUUUCCCCGAUGCUCUACCAGUUAUCAAUCUUGAGGGUAUUCUAUGAUAUAUUAGCUGACCAAGAAUCAUCAAAAUCCAAGAAACACAGCAAUAUUGUAAAUUUUAUUACAAAAUUUAUAAGAAAAAUGCUUAAGUUAAUGAAAGAGCGACCAUUGCUUUUUGUUGAAAUACUCUUCUGGAAGACACGUAGAGAAUGCCAUUGCAUUAGUGCAGAUGCUCUUUUAGCUAGUGUUUCAGAUCUCCAGAAAGAUGCAAACAAACCUCAUGAUGGUACUUUUUUGAGAACUGACACAAGGCCCAAAAGCAUAGCAGAUUCUCUUGGUGAUGAUGAAUUCAUCUUGCCAUCUGACUUCAAUAAUCUGAGGGAUGAUAAUUCAUCUGAUGAGUUAUAUGAAAAUAGUUUUGACCAAACUAAGAAAAAUGUGGGUGAGGCAAGCAUGAGAUCUAUCUCAAAUGAUAAUUUAGAAAUGGAUAGAAGAUCGAAGAACAUAAAGGUCCCCAAACCGUACAAAGGUUUUAUUGACCAAGAACAAGAGAACACUAUUAGAAAUUUAUAUGACAAGUACAAGGGAGAUAAAAGAUGCAGUCAUCUCAUAGCAGAAGCUCUAAACCCUGAAGGGAAUAUAACCCCUGUUCAAGUCUACCGUAAACUUAAACAGCUUGGUCUACACACAGUGAAAAAGAAAAAGUUGUCAGGUGUUAAUGCAUCUAUUACAGCUGGAGAGGAUCCUACUGAAGAAGCUAAGGAGAAAAAAUCUUAUCAGGGAGCAGCUUUAUGCAAAAGAAAAAGAGUACAAACAUUUAGCAAAGACCAGGAGCUCAAGAUCAAAAUCCUCUUUGAGAGGUUUAAGCAUCAUAAGAAAUGCAGUCAUAUGAUAGCUGAGGCUUUAGAUGCUGAUAAGACCUAUUCAGCUAUUCAAAUUACACGUAAACUCAAGCAGCUUGGCCUUGUUGCUCCUAAAAAGAUGGGCUCAUCAGAAACUAUAAACCAAGCAAGAGAUGAAGACAAUGGUUCUGAUGAAGAAAAAGAAACCUUGCUUUCUAUAAAACGAAGGAGCCUAAACAAGAAGAGCAAGUUGUCUACAAAUGAGGAGACUACACAUGAAAGUGGCUCUCUGCUUCACAAGGUAACACCAGCUAGUCAGGAUUCUGAUGAGGAGACUCUGGCUUCUUUACUGAAAAACAGAGUUCCAAGGCUGUUGGAGGAAGCUCUAGAAGAUCCAGUUAGCAUAGACCAAAACCUUGAGGAUGAAAUGGAUACUGGCACCAUUCCAUCUGCUCUUGAUGAUGAUGAUGAUGAUGAUGAUGAUGUGGUGAUGAAGAAUAACCCGAGAGAUGAGAUUUGGGAGAGAGAAAUCGAGCCGAACUAUGACGACUCUGAAGAGGAAAUGCACACUUUUCCUGCAUCCCAAAAGGCUGGGCAUAAGAGGAACCUCAAGCUGGUUUUCGAUGAGGAAGAUGACUAGUAAGAAGGAUACAACUGCAUAGUAUCGAGUGUUGAAGAUGGUUGUAGAUGUCAGUUUCAAUUUAAUUCUUGUUGAAAUCACAAGGGUCUUCCAAUUGCAUUCAACGUAUAAAAAGUAUGAUUUUGUUUUGGUUUCUUAAUUAGAGCAAAAAAUCUAUCA